CUUAUUAAAUAGAUUUAUUGCGUAUUGUUUAUAGUUUGGUUCUAAUUUAGCUAUGACUUACUGCCCACCUAGCUGCAACUUCUCUCAUUUUACAAAACCCAAUAUUCCGCAAGAUAUUUUUGCCUGGAAAAGAUAUCUGGACAAGAAACUUCAUGGGUCCUCAUGUGCACCCCUUAGUGCUUUCGGAAAUCACAUUCCGCUCGGAAUAAAAUGGGCUGAAAGAAUCAAAGGCAUGUUCAUCGAAUUCUCAGUACGAAGCAACGCCAAAGCGUGGUACUACGAGGUGAGGGACUGCAAGGGGUACUUCCUCCUCAUUUCGCCCCUGGGAAACCCAAAUGAGACCAUAUGGAUCAGUGUAAUGUGUCCACACUACGGUGGUUUUUCCCAGAUAGUGAAGCGAAUGGAGACUCCUUUUCCCUCUUUUGAAGACGACAGAGUGAAAUUGAUGAUGAAAAUGCACGGCAAAAGAGAAAUCAGCGAGAUGUUCGUUCCUGAUUUGCAUCUCAGAUUGCGACAUCAUGAGCAAAAAAUUUGCAAACUUACAGUGGGAAAUACAGUGGAAGUUUUAGACAAGAGCUUUUUCGGCAAAGUGGCGCAAGCAUUUGUGAAGACGAUAGCAGCUAAUGGGCAUCUAAUUGAGUUUUACUACAGACCAAUCGACAAGAGAGGUGUCAUGAAGGGCAAAAGCUGCUUGGAACAAAUGGAAUUCGAUGACUCAGUUGAUAACAGUUUCUGGGUGACUCCAUUUUCAACACUUUGUCAUCCAGUCGGCUGGGCCAGGGAAGUGGGCCACAAAAACGACGCACCCUAUGAUUGCCAAUGCAUGCCUCGACACACAGAAGAAGCAACAGAAUCUUUUAACAGAUUUCAAUUGGAAACAGUUGAAGAAAAAGAAAAACCGUCCUCAGCCAAGUUCAAAAAAGGCAUGAAACUUGAAAUGGUUGACCCGAUCAACCUAAAUGCAAUUACAGUCGGAACUAUCGUGAAGGUGCUGAGAAACAACUUUGUGAUGAUAGCAGUUGACCAAAAAGGAGGUCAAGUUCCAGACCCAGUUGAACAUUUCUGCGUGCCAACAACUUCACCCUACCUACUGCCUCUGGGCUUCUGUGACAAGUACAAACAACAGUUGAAAUCCCCACCCCAUCAUAGAGGGAAGUUUCUCUGGCCCGAUUAUCUGAUGGAUUGUGAGGCAGUUCAGGUGCCGGACGAGUGCUUUUUUGAUUUUGAGAAGCAUAACGCCGGCCGAGAGAGACUAACAGUUGGCAACAAGGUCGAAACAGUUGACAUUUUGAACCCGUCCACAAUCCUUCCAGCCACUGUGAUGUCAGUAGCCGGACAUCUGGUCAGAGUCAACUUCGAUUCUUGGCCGGCCCAGCAGGACCAGUGGAAGUACAUGUACAGUGACGACAUAUUCCCCAUUGGCUUCUGUGAACUGGUCAAGUAUGAUUUGAUGCCGCCAAAGAAGUACUUGAACGCACAAUCGGCCAAACAAUUCGGAGUUGUUUUUGAACAGGUAGAAAUUCCAGAUGUGGUAGCAGACACUACAACCGAUAAAUUAGCUCUUCUUGACAGUUCAUUGAAUGAAAAUGCGGAUGAUUCUGGGUCGGAUCUGAACAUCCCCGGAGUUGAGGAGCUACUUGUCUGCGUCAAUGAUGAAAAUAAAGAGAAUUACAGUUUUUGAUUGAAUUUUGUUUUUUUUUGCAACUGUUAUGAUGUUGAUUUUUUGUGCCCUGUGAUUUGCAAUUGUUGUUGCAUUAAGGCCUUUAGUUUUUAAGUUAGAGUUGACACAACCUAAUUGAUAUGAUUUUAUCGA